AUGUUAAUUUUGCAUCGACUUGCCGAGGCCGAGGGAUGCCCAGGCAGCUGGUACACGUUUGUUCCGGGGGUGUCCUCGCACACGUCUGAGGGGAUGAGAAUGAGUGGAGAGACCUCACUCAUCGACAUGCGCAUCGUUCAAUCUGGCCGCCACGGCCGUCUCCGCCUCGGACGCUGGCGCCGGGUCGCGAGCCUCCGGGUCUCCAGCUCGCGGCCGGCAGCCCGUGGGCCCCUUGGCCUCCAAAACCACGGGAGGAAUCCCGGAUCCCGGGCUGUGUCCAGGGAAUUUCACCAUGACCCUCACAAGCCCACCGCCUACACACGGGCUGGCAUUGAAGGGCAGGAGCCCGGGCUGGGUCGCCCCGAGCCCGCCCCCAGCCCAUUUAUCGUGAGAAACCGCACAGGAAAACGACAAGGGCUCCUUCCCGACCCCGAGGGGCCGCUGGAGAAAGGGCCGCGGGCGCACGACGGCUUUGGGGAUGGGCGCGCCGGGCUGCUCUGCGAGCCCGCAGCAAGCAGAGUCGCGCCGCCCCGCCGCCCGCGGCCCGAGCAGCCCCGCGCCGCCGCCCCGCCCGCCGCGCCCGCCCCGCCGCUGGAUGCCGGCGGCCGGCGGCCCAGCUCUCAGAGGCGGAGCGCGGCGGCGGCGGCGCGGGCGGCGGCGGCGGCGCGGGCGGCCGGCGGCCGAGAGGGCGCCGAGGAGGCCGCGCCCGACGACGCGGCCGCCGCCGCCGCCGCGGCCGCCGCGCUGCGCCUGGCGCUGGACCAGCUCUCGGGGCUGGGGCUGCGGGGCGCGGGCGGCCCGGACGACGAGGGCGCGGCCGCGGGCGGCGGGGACGGCGGGGCGGCGGCCGAGCCCGCGCCCCCCGACGGGCCCGAGGCGGGCGCCCCCGCGGGGGCCGAGGCCGGGGCGCCGGGCUCGCUGCCGCUGCUGGAGCCCGACGUGAGCCCGCCGCCGCCCCGGCCGUCGCCGCCCGACGUGUUCGCCGGCUUCGCGCCGCACCCCGCGGCUCUCGGCCCCUCGACGCUGCUGGCCGAGCAGAUGAGCGUGAUCGGCAGCCGCAAGAAGAGCGUGAACAUGACCGAGUGCGUGCCCGUGCCCAGUUCCGAGCACGUCGCCGAGAUCGUGGGUCGCCAGGGGUGCAAGAUCAAGGCUCUGCGGGCCAAGACAAAUACCUACAUCAAGACGCCGGUGCGCGGGGAGGAGCCCGUCUUCAUCGUCACUGGCCGCAAGGAGGAUGUGGAGAUGGCCAAACGGGAGAUCCUGUCCGCCGCCGAGCACUUCUCCGUGAUCCGCGCCACACGCAGCAAGGCGGGCGGGCUGCCGGGCUCCGCGCAGGGCCCGCCCCACCUGCCGGGACAGACCACCAUCCAGGUGCGCGUGCCGUACCGCGUGGUGGGGCUGGUGGUGGGGCCCAAGGGCGCCACCAUCAAGCGCAUCCAGCAGCGGACACACACCUACAUCGUGACGCCCGGGCGUGACAAGGAGCCCGUGUUCGCCGUGACGGGCAUGCCCGAGAACGUGGACCGGGCGCGCGAAGAGAUCGAGGCGCACAUCACGCUGCGCACGGGCGCCUUCACCGACGCAGGCCCCGACAGCGACUUCCACGCCAACGGCACCGACGUGUGUCUGGACCUUCUCGGGACGGCUGCCGGCCUCUGGGCCAAGGCCCCCAACCCCGGCCGGAGGCCCCCCGCGCCCACAGCUGGUCUCCGCGGGGACACGGCCCUGGGCGCGCCGGGGGCCCCCGAGGCCUUCUAUGCCGGAGGCCGCGGGGGCCCUCCAAUGCCCGAGGCGGGCCCCACCAGCCCCUACGGCGGCUCAGGCAACGGGGGCUUCACGUUUGGUGGGGAUGGCCCUGGGGCGCCCUCGGGGCCACCCGCCCCCGAGGACUGUGACUUCGGCUUCGACUUCCUGGCGCUGGACCUGACCGUGCCCGCCGCCGCCACCAUCUGGGCCCCCUUCGAGCGGGCUGCGCCGCUGCCAGCCUUCAGCAGCUGCUCUGCCGUCAACGGGGCCCCCCCGCCCCCGGCCCCUGGCGCCCGGCGCAGCAGCGGGGCGGGCACCCCGCGCCACUCGCCCACGCUGCCAGAGCCUGGGGCCCUGGGCCUGGAGCUCCCGCUGGCCCGCCGCGGCGGCGCCGCAGACCCGGUGGGCGCCCUGGCCUGGCGGCCGGUGCAGGGCGCCCCGCCGUCCUUCUCAGGCGGCGCCGGCUUCCCCGCGGCCACCUCGCUGCCCAGCGGCUCCUCGGCCUCGGCACGGCCCCCCCUGGACUCCAGCCCCCCUGAAGGCGGCCGCAAGCCCCCGUCGGCCCCGGCCCCGGCCCUGGCUCGCGAGUGCGUGGUGUGCGCCGAGGGCGAGGUCAUGGCCGCGCUCGUGCCCUGCGGCCACAACCUCUUCUGCAUGGACUGCGCCGUCCGCAUCUGCGGCAAGAGCGAGCCUGAGUGCCCCGCCUGCCGCACGCCGGCCACCCAGGCCAUUCGCGUGGAGACGGCCGCCCAACGGCACCUCAGUUCUUAACCAGUAAUCAGUAUUGAGUUGACAGGUUAAAAUAAACCAGAGAGAAAAGGUC